CUCUUCAAUGUAAUCUGGGUUUUUGCUCUUUCACAAGUUUCAAGUUAUCCACUUCUCCCUUUUUUUUUUUCUCUGCUCUGUUUGGUUUCCUAGAAAAUCCUGUGGGAAAAAGUGGAUUGGCUGUGGGUUUUGGUUUGUGGGUGUUUGAUGAUUUGUUCUGUUUUUCUCAUCAUUUGGAAAGAUGGGCACUUUAUUUGAGGACCCAUUAAUGAGAAUCUGAAGUUAACUUUCUUGGCUCUGAGACUGAGAGAAAGGAAGAGAAACCAAAAAAAAAAAAAAAAAUGAAGGAUUUUCCUGGGACACCUGGGACUUUGACUGGCCUUCUUCUCAGGAUUUCACAAUGUGUUUUUGCAGCUGGUUCAAUCGCUUCUAUGGCAACCACUACAAGCUUUUUCAAUUUCACUGCUUUCUGUUACCUGAUCGCUUCUAUGGGUCUUCAAGUGAUCUGGAGCUUUGUCCUUGCAUUGUUAGAUGCAUAUGCCUUGGUGAGAAGAAAGGCCUUCCACAACCUGCUUUUGGUUAGCCUCUUUGUAGUCGGAGAUUGGGUUACGGCGACAUUGUCUCUCGCGGCAGCUUCUGCUUCGGCGGGCAUAACGGUGUUGUACUUUAGUGACUUGGGACACUGCAAUUUCGGAGGAGAAUGCCAAAAGUACCAGAUGUCCGUGUGCUUUGCCUAUCUAAGCUGGGUCACAAUUGCAAUAUCUUCUCUAAUAAUGCUCUGGCUAUUGGCUGCAGGCUAGAGAAUAGAGACCCGUUUUAUUUGUAUAGGUAAAUUGGAUUUGUUCCACUUGUUACAACUGUAGGUUUGCUUGUCUUGUAGAAAGUUUUGAUGUCUUUCAUCUGAGUCAAUAGGAAACAAAAGGAAGAAAUAUUAUCUGAUCGAUUGAAUCGUGUGCAGUUUGGGAGGAGGGGAAAAGAAAUGAUUUUGUAAGAUCAGAAAAAUGGUAAUUAGUACUUGCCUAGUAAAGGGUUUAAGUUUUU